AUGGGAAAAUCGUCUAGGAUUGAUUCAUAUUUUACGCGAACAAGUACGACUAAUUUAGAAAGUGAUGACAUACUACUUUCUAAUGUUAGUGAUUUUGAAGAGCCAGCUAAUAAAAUUGCAAGAAAAAGUUCAAGUGAAACUGAUGUUUCCUCUUUAGAGAGGGAUCCGGGAUUAAGAUGUCCUAUAUUGGAGUAUCCGGUCGCUAAACGUGAUGAAAUUCGAAGAGCUUAUAUAAUACUUGGACCAUAUCAACCUAUUCUCCCUAAGUAUCCAUUAUCAGGUCCAACAAAUCGUCUUCGACAUUUUAUUGCUUCUUGGUAUUCUAAAUUUCCGAGUUGGUUAGAGUACUCACCUAGUAAGGAUGAUGCAUUUUGCCUUCCCUGUUAUAUCUUCAACAAGCCUAAUGAACAUUUUGGGGGGAAUGCUUUCACUAUUAAGGGAUUUCAAAAUUGGAAGAAAGUAAAUGAUGGAAAAAAUGUGCUUUUUUAUGUCAUAUUGUCUCAACAUAUUGAUAAUGUACUCUCAAAGCAAUCUUCUGUAGAUGUUGCGAAUAAUCGAUUACGGCUCAAGACUACAAUAGAUGCAGUCCGGUGGCUCACUUUUCAAACUUGUUCUUUAAGAGGUAAUGAUGAAAGUGAAGAGUCAAUAAAUUCAGGUAAUUGUCGUGAAAUGGUAAAGUUGUUGGCAUCUUACAAUGAGAGUGUAAAUAAAGUGGUUUUAGAGAAUGCUCUAAAAAAUGCAAAAUAUAUAUCUCCUGAUGUUCAAAAGGAGAUCCUAAGUAUUUUUGCAAAGAAAGUACGUCGGACAAUACGUGAGGAAAUUGGCGAAGCUAAAUUUUGUAUCAUUGUGGACGAGUCUCGAGAUUUGUCAAAGAGAGAACAAAUGGCUAUUGUGUUGAGAUUUGUAGACAAAAGGGGUUGUGUGCAAGAGCGUUUCUUUGAUCUUGUUCAUGUUUUUGAUACUUCAGCUGUGACUUUGAAAAAUAACAUAUCAGCUAUUCUUUCUUAUCACAACUUAAGCACUCAUAAUAUUCGAGGUCAGGGUUACGAUGGUGCAAGUAAUAUGCGUGGAGAGUGGAAUGGUGCUUCUUGCAAAAGACAAGAUGAACUAAGGGCUGCUCAAGCUACUAACAUUGCCAAGUUGAUUGAAACUGGAGAAAUUGAGACUGGAACUGGAAAAAAUCAAAUUGGAAAUCUUCAAAGAGCUGGGGAUACUAGGUGGAGCUCUCACAUAAGCUCAAUUUGUAGUUUAUUUGACAUGUUUGAUGCAACUUGCACUGUUCUUGAAAAUGUCAUCAAGGAUGAAAACUAUUCUCAACGUGGAGAUGCAGAUAGUGCUAUGAAUUAUAUGACAUCUUUUGAUUUUGUCUUCAUUUUACAUCUUAUGCGAGAUAUAUUAUUACUCUCCAAUGAUCUUUGCCAAGCUUUACAAAGAAAAGCUCAAGAUAUUUUAAACGCUUUUGAUUUAGUUUCUACCACAAAAAGAUUGAUUCAAAAUAUGAGAGAAUAUGGAUGGGGGAAGUUUAUUAAAGAAGUUAACUUAUUUUGUGAGAAGGAUGAAGUAUUAAUCCCCGAUAUGAAUGCUCCUUUUUCCAUUCGUCAAAGUAGGUGUCGUUCUAAGGAAACUGAUAUUUCUAUUGGUCAUCAUUAUCAGUAUGACUUAUUCACAGUUACAAUUGAUACGCAAUUGCAAGAGUUGAAUAAUACGAAGGAUAAUUACAAUUUGUUCAAUGCUGAUAACAUAUACAAUCUUGUAGAAAAAUAUUAUCCUGAAGAUUUUACAGAUCAAGAGAAGCUACAUUUUAAGAUUCAACUAUAUCAUUAUGAGUUUGAUGUUCCUCAACAUGAAGAGUUGAAGAAUUUAUCUACUCUUUCUGAAUUAUGCCAAGGAUUGAUGAACACUAAAAAAGCUACAAUUUAUCCUUUAGUUGAUAGGUUAAUUCGACUCAUUUUGACUCUUCCUGUGACUACUGCAACAACAGAGCGCUCAUUUUCAGCUAUGAGUAUUGUGAAGACGAAGUUACGGAAUAAAAUGGAAGAUGAUUAUCUUGCAGAUUACUUGGUCGCUUAUAUUGAGAAGAAAAUUUCGAAGACAUUCACUACUGAUUCAAUUAUUGAUGAAUUUUAUGAUAUGAAAAAAAGACGUGUGCAAUUCCGCGAUUGA